AUGGCCCAGUUUUACCGUCGAUUCAUCCCGAAAUUUUCUAAUAUUGCUGCCCCAUUGAAUGUCUUCAAAAACAAAAACGCCAAAUUUGUUUGGACUGAAGAAUGCCAGUUGGCCUACGAUACACUGAAGAACAAAUUGUCUCAAUACCCCUUAUUAGCUUAUCAUGAUGGCAGAUCUCCGCUAAAACUAUCAAUUGAUGCUAGCGGCUAUGGUAUUGGUGGUGUUCUUCACAAAAUUACAGAGGAAGGUGACAGACCAAUAUUAUUUCUCUCCAGAACAAUGACGACGGCUGAACAGAAAUACAGUAAUGUUGAACGUGAAUGCCUAGCGUUGGUGUGGUGCAUUACAAAAUUGCGUCCUUAUUUAUAUGGUCAGCAUUUCACAUUGUUAACAGACCACCAUCCACUUUGCUGGCUAAACAAACAAACAUCGAAAAACGGCCGUCUUGAUCGUUGGGCGUUGCAAUUACAAGAUUACGAAUUCUCCAUCAAGCAUGUGGCAGGAAAACACAAUUGUGUUGCUGAUUGUCUAUCGCGUUAUCCAAUGUCACCACCGGAUACUCUAGUUCAACAGAAAUUAGAUGAAGUUUGUACCAUCACAGCAAAUCCAUCAAUCUCCCCUCCAAUUUUUGAUUCAACCAAAAUCAAAGAAGAACAAUUGAAAAAUGUAAAGAUGACUAAAAUGCAUUUUGAUUUGGCUGCUGGUGUUAAAAUGGACCAGUAUGAAUUACAAAAUGAUGUGAUCCACAAAAUCAUUCAUCGUGGCAAAUCAAUCCUGAAGCUGCCAUAUAUCCCGCCAAAUUUGAUUCAACCAUUGCUUCAAGCCUAUCACAACCAUCCAACAGCCGGUCAUUUAGGUGUGGUGAAAACAUGGUAUAAAAUCCGUUAUCGAUAUUUUUGGCCUGGCAUGUUCAAAUCCAUCAAAUCUUAUGUCAAAAGCUGCCAACUAUGUCAUGAAUUCAAGAUCUCGAGAACCAAGCCAGCUGGACUCCUCAAACCAAUUGAACAACCAAGUGGAAUCCUUGAUUUGAUGGGACUUGAUUUUAUUGGACCCGUUCCAAUUUCAACCACGGGCAACAAAUACAUCCUGGUGUGCGUCGAUUAUUUAUCUAAGUAUGCCAUCACCUGUGCUUUACCUGAUUGUACAGCCGAGUCUGCUGCCAAAUUCCUCGUUGAAAAAGUCAUCCUACAAUUCGGUGUACCCCAACAAUUGAUAACGGACAACGGAAGUCAUUUCAUGGCUAAAUUAUUUGAAGCGGUGGCUUCAAGAUGCGGUGUUCAUCAUAUCAAAGCAACAACUUACCAUCCGCAAACGAAUGGUCUCACCGAACGGAUGAACGCCACAAUUGCAGCUUCAAUUGGUGCAUAUGUUAAUCAACAGCCAUCUGAUCGGGAUGAAUUUUUGCCAUUCAUUACAUUUGCAUACAACACAUCCAGACAGGAAUCAACAAAAAUGGCUCCGUUCACACUAAUGUUUGGUCGUGAUCCCACUCUUCCGUUUGAUAUUCCAAAAGGCAUCGUGGCAUUAUCCGCCGUCAAUGACUACUACCUUCAACUUCGUCGAUUCCUCGAUCAAGCCAAAUCAACAGCAAGAUACAGUGUCAAACAACAACAAGACAUCUACAAGACAAGAUUUGACACAGGACGAAGAGAUAUGAUUUUACAAGUUGGACAGAAGGUGUUUCUCAAACAAAUGAUGGCUAAAAAUCUUCGCAAAUUUUCUCCAAAAUUCUAUGGCCCAUUUGAAGUCAUGAAGCAAGAAGGACGAUUGAAUUAUGUAGUGAAACAUGUCAAUGAUGGACAUAUAGAAAAAGCACAUGUUUCACGAAUCAGUCCAAUUUAA